CUGGGCGGCUUCGGAGUCCGGCUGCGAGGCGCGGAGCGGCCGCCCUAUCCGAGGAAGGGGAUUCUCAGCCCCGAUUUUGAGAUGAUGGGAUUGGGAAACGGGCGUCGCAGCAUGAAGUCUCCGCCCCUUGUACUGGCUGCCCUGGUGGCCUGCAUCAUUGUCUUGGGCUUCAACUACUGGAUUGCCAGCUCUCGGAGUGUGGAACUCCAGACACGAAUUGUGGAGCUGGAAAGCAAGGUCCACAGGGCGGCUGCGGAGAGAGGUGCUGUGGAGCUGAAAAAGAAUGAAUUCCAGGGUGAGCUGGAGAAGCAACGAGAGCAGCUGGACAAAAUCCAGUCUAGCCACAGCUUCCAGCUGGAGAGUGUCAACAGGUUGCACCAGGACGAGAAGGCAGUUUUGGUGAAUAAUAUCACCACAGGUGAGAAGCUCAUCAGAGAUCUGCAAGACCAGUUGAAAGCCCUGCAGAGGAGUUAUGGCAGGCUGCAGCAGGAAGUCCUUCAGUUCCAGAGGAACCAGACCAGCCUGGAGAAGAAGUUCUCCUAUGACCUGAGCCAGUGUAUCAACCAGAUGAAAGAGGUGAAGGAGCAGUGUGAAGAGAGGAUAGAAGAGGUCACCAAAAGGAGAAAUGAUGCUGUAGCUUCCAGAAGCCUAGGUGAAAAAAACAACCAUCAGCAGCCCUUAGCCCUCAGUGAGCCGCAGCCCAGACUGAAGGAAGCAGGCCUGCUACAGGCCCAAGUGUCACAAGGAAAAGUACAUGAGCCCAGUAAUGGCAAGUCCCCAACACCAGCCCCUAGUUCUGAGGUGGUUUUGGAUUUGAAAAGACAAGGGAAGAAAAAGGAAACCAGUGAGAUCCUGGUUGUCAGUGAAGAGGAGCCCCAAAGAAACAGUCUGCAGCUGCUCCAGGAGCCAGGCCAAGAACAGGCUGCAGCAGACAGACCUGUGGGCAGAAGAGGCUUUGGGGGUGCUAGAGAACUUGGCCAAACCACUCUGGUGCCAGCUGCUUUGUUGGAGAAUCCUAAAAACCAGGAGCCUGAAGACCCUGAGCGGGACCAACUUAUUAUCCGUGACAGCCAAGAGGAGCAGGAUGCUACUGAGGGAGGGAAAAACCAACCAAAACUGAGAAAUGAAUACAACAUGGAUGAAAAUGAGGCGGAAUCUGAAACAGACAAGCAGGCAGCCCUUGCGGGGAAUGACAAGAAUUUAAAUGUUUUUAAUGCUGAAGAUCAGAAGAGACACACCAUAAAUUUACUUGAUCAACAUGGAAAGCAGAAUCAUACACUCUAAAUCAAGCUGGAAUCACAUAUUUCAUGCCAGGACUGAACAGAUAACUACAAAAUAUUCAUGAGUGACUUGACUACUCAAAACUGUGAAACGUGCUAAUGAGUAAAAUGUACAUUUAAAGAUGAUUAUUGUGGGAUUUCAGUAUGUAGUUCAUGUAGAAAAAUGGGAGUUUUAGUUUUUUGGGGGUACUUUUUAAAGUAUCUGUAAUAGGAUGGCAAACUUGGUCAAAUUUUUGCUAACAGGUAUUUCAUGAGCAGGUCAACACCAAAAACAGAAAAUAAGUUCUAGUAUUGUGACAGUAGCACUUCUUUAUUCUGGAAUAGAGCUUUGUGUUUAAAAAAAAAAAA